UAGUUUACUAUCGGCAUAUGACCAAAAACAAACCUCGGCUGCUGAUCCACUGAACAGAAAAUUCUAGCCAGAGGAACAGGGCAAUAAAGCCAAAAGGCAGCGCAAAAGAAAAGAAAAGAAAAGAAUAUGCGGGCCACGGGAACAGAAAAUGAAUUUACUUGAAGAUAAAAAAGUUAACAGAGACGUAAAGUUUAUUAGUCUAUAAUGGUUUGUUGUAACCCUCACCAUCAACGCGUCUUCAUAUUUAUACCGGUAUUCUUUUGGAAAGAUUUUUGUGAGAUUUUCAUUCUGUGUGCUCUUGCGGCAGCCCCAGGUCUUCCAAAAAGACAAUACCAGGUGCUCUAAUGGCAUCUUCUAAACUACCCUUCAAAUCCCCUUCACCCAAAUGCCCUUCCACUGAACACUCUCGUUAAUCAGCUCCGUUGAACCCCACCACAAUCUCCUGAUCAAGUGAAUCAAUGGAAUCUUUCCAAAUCAGCAUAUCCUCUAUCCUUUCCUGGAUUCCCUUACGUUACACAUCUUUGCAGAGCCACACAAGCAGCCUUGAAUCCAUGUUAAAGCAAAAAUUUCAGUAGGAGCAGAGCCAAAAGAGUUAGCAAAUUUUAUUGUGUAGAGAGAAAAAGAGGAUAUAAGGGGGAACUGUCAUGGAGGAGAGGCAUGUCUUGUUUGGGAAAUAUGAGAUGGGGAGACUGCUUGGGAAAGGAACAUUCGCUAAAGUCUACUAUGGGAAGGAACUAACAAGCGGUGAAAGUGUGGCGAUAAAAGUCAUCAGCAAAGAUCAAGUGAAGAAAGAAGGGAUGAUGGAGCAGAUCAAGAGAGAAAUCUCUGUCAUGCGCCUUGUCCGUCAUCCAAACAUAGUGGAGCUCAAAGAAGUCAUGGCUACGAAAACAAAGAUCUUCUUUGUCAUGGAGUAUGUCCGUGGAGGUGAGCUGUUUGCAAAAGUCGCUAAGGGCAAACUCAAGGAAGAUGUUGCUCGUAAGUACUUUCAACAACUAAUCAGCGCAGUUGAUUUCUGCCACAGCAGGGGUGUCUCACACCGAGAUUUGAAGCCAGAGAACCUUCUUUUGGACGAGAACGAAAAUCUAAAGAUCUCUGAUUUUGGCCUGUCAGCGUUGCCCGAACAGCUUCGCAAUGAUGGCCUACUCCACACGCAGUGUGGGACUCCAGCUUACGUUGCCCCAGAGGUUUUGAGGAAAAAAGGCUACGAUGGAUCCAAAGCAGAUAUCUGGUCUUGUGGGGUUAUCUUGUAUGUUCUUCUUGCAGGUUUCUUGCCUUUUCAAGAUGAGAAUCUCAUGAAGAUGUACAGGAAAGUUUUCAAAGCUGAAUUUGAGUUCCCUCCCUGGUUUUCAACAGAAGCAAAGCGCUUGAUCUCUAAACUACUAGUUGCAGACCCUGAAAGAAGGAUCACAAUUCCAGCUAUAAUGCGUGUUCCUUGGUUUAGAAAUGGAUUUGCGCGUCACCUUGCGUUUUCAAUCGAAGAACCAAUGUCAGAUCAUGUAUUGGACGAUGAUUCUACCUCCAAGACCAACAAACAAUCGUCUCCGAAAUUUUUCAACGCAUUCGAGUUUAUUUCCUCUAUGUCAUCAGGCUUUGAUUUGUCAAGUUUGUUUGAAAACAAGAGGAAAUCGGGGACAAUGUUCACGUCGAGGUGUUCAGCUAGUGCCAUCAUGGCUAAAAUUGAAGGUGUUGCAAAAGGGUUGAACUUCAAGGUGGGGAAAGUGAGGGACUUCAAGAUGAAGCUACAAGGCUCAUCCGAGGGGAGGAAAGGGCGCCUAUCCCUGACGGCGGAGGUGUUUGAGGUGGCACCAGAGGUUGCGGUUGUCGAGUUUUCCAAGUCUAGCGGUGACACCUUGGAGUAUGCCAAGUUUUGCGAGGAUGAUGUUAGGCCUGCAUUGAAAGACAUUGUUUGGACAUGGCAAGGUGACAGUUUCAACAAUGGUAGCAACGUUAAAAUAGAGGGAGAAGCAUGUGAAAACCAAGUGCCACAGACAGCCUAACAACAAGUAGAAGUUAGGGAAAUUUUCCUUGUUUACCACUUUUUCUUUUUCUAUCUAUUCUGGAAAGAUAGGUUUGAGGUUGAGAAUUUGUAAAUACUUUUGUGAUUAGUACAGUAAUGUAUGGCUUUGGGUUUUGCACACAGAUAAUAGAUACUGAUUGUGGAGUGUUGGAUGAGAA